AAUCCAUUGAUCCUCGGACACCACAAUUGUAUCGUAUCGCGAGCUUCAGCACCUGCCAUCUCGAUUUGCCCUCCUAAUAAGCGCGGCCGCCAUUUUCAAGUCGACUCCACCUGUCAAAAUGUCGCAAGACAAGCCUCUUCCCUUUGUCUACCAGUUCGCCGCAGGCGCCAUUGCCGGUGUCUCGGAGAUCCUGGUAAUGUACCCGUUGGAUGUCGUCAAGACAAGGGUCCAAUUGCAGACUGCUAACGCAACCGGCGCCGACGCUUACAAUGGCAUGCUUGACUGCUUCCGCAAAAUCAUAAAACAUGAGGGACCUUCCCGCCUGUACCGCGGCAUCACCGCGCCCAUCCUGAUGGAGGCGCCCAAGCGAGCCACCAAAUUCGCCGCCAACGACGAAUGGGGCCGGAUCUACCGCAACAUGUUCGGCGCCCAGAAGAUGAACCAGUCCCUGUCGAUUCUGACCGGUGCCACCGCCGGCGCCACCGAGGCCUUCGUCGUCGUUCCCUUCGAGCUCGUCAAGAUCCGCCUGCAGGACAAGGCCUCGGCUGGCAAGUACAACGGCAUGGUGGACGUGGUCCUGAAGACGGUGCGGAACGAGGGCCCCCUGGCCCUGUACAACGGCCUGGAGAGCACCCUGUGGAGACACAUCCUCUGGAACGCCGGCUACUUCGGCUGCAUCUUCCAGGUCCGCCAGCUGCUUCCGACCGCCGACUCCAAGAGUUCCCAGAUGACAAACGACCUCGUCUCCGGCGGUAUCGGCGGUACCAUCGGCACCGUCCUCAACACCCCCAUGGACGUCGUCAAGUCGCGCAUCCAGAACAGCCCCAAGGUCCCCGGCCAGGUCCCGAAAUACAACUGGGCCUGGCCCGCCGUCGCCACCGUCGCCAAGGAGGAGGGCUUCGCCGCCCUGUACAAGGGUUUCAUCCCCAAGGUCCUCCGGUUGGGACCUGGCGGCGGUAUCCUCCUGGUUGUCUUCACGGGCGUGAUGGAUUUCUUCCGGACAAUGAAGGAGACGUCGGCGUAACGUAGAAGCUUCUGGAGAAGGCGCCACGGCAUAUGACGGGUCCGGGUCUGGCUUGUUAUAUCGGUGGCGGGCCCCGCAUUAUAGAUUCCCCGGGCCUCGCAAAGGGAUAGAAUUGUCCGUUUUGGGAUAGAAAAGAGAAUA